UAUGUCUUCACCACAUAGUGGUGGAGCCAUAAUGAUGGGAAAGAACAGGUGAUGAUAAAGGGUCAAAGGUCACUAACUGGCCUGCCACACCCGGAAGUGACAAGGCUGUGAGAAGAGACAAAGGUUGAUCAGCUGUUAGUACUUCGAACAUCGAAAUGGAACAGGUCUCAGAAGUUCGGUGACAUUGAACCUGUAAUGUCAUGCUUUUAUAGCACUGUAGCAGCGUUCAACCACGAUCUUCUGACAGGAAUAAGUCAUACAGACUUGAAAAUUGACCAUGGAAGGAGAGCAGCAAGAUUUUCCGGAAGUUGUGUGUCUGAAUGUUGGAGGUCUUCAUUUCACCACGUCACUGUCCACUCUGCGCAAGCGCGAGGACUCCAUGCUGGCCGCCAUGUUUAGCGGACGUCAUCACGUGACCAAGGACAAGGACGGCCGUUACUUCAUCGACCGUGACGGGACGAACUUCGGCCACGUCCUCAACUUUCUCCGCUCGGACGAACUCCCACCGCCCGCUGUAGCAUCCUCGGUCGUCACCGAGGCCGAAUUCUACAACAUCCACGACUUAGUGGAACAAACCUUCAACAAAAUGCCAAGUCUUUUCGCCCAACAUGUUCUCAAGCGAGAAAGGACGAAAUAUGCGCAGGACUACCCUAAGAUUUUAGGAAUCAUGCAAGAAAUUGCGUCAAAAGCACGACAGGGAAUCGAGGCGUCGUGUCGCAAACGGGGGUUCUCAACUUUUCGGAGCAAGUCGACCUUGACCGAGCUUGUCGUCGUAAUUUCGGAUCCGAAAAGUGCCGAAAUACCCUCUGAGGUGCUGGAUCAAAAGAGUCACGACUGUGUGACAGAAAAAGCGUUUGACUUGUCGUUUUCUCUCGAUGACGUCGGGGACGUCGACAAGUUCCGUCACUACGUCCUGACCGAGUUUACCCGAGUCGAGCACGUCGGGCUUCCUCGGCAAUGUUCGUACAAGGUGUGCUUCGGGACCGAGUGCCUGGACGUCGUUUCUCCCAGAAGUCUGUUCGGCCCGCGGUGGCUGACUCCGCAGGAACACGAGGAGCACUGCGCAUGCGUGACGAGGGAGAUCCGUUGCCUGGCAACAUUGUUUACCUUCAGAUUUACCUGGGACAAAUAAUAACAAUGUAUUCCAUAUGAAAGUAAACAUAAUUGAAGAAAUAUUAAUGGUAUACUACGGCUCGGCUAUGGUGGGCAAAGAAACCUACCUUGGUGAAUUGAAACGGAGGCAGUUUUCAAGAAAAUAUGCAAACAAGGGUAAAGACCUAACUUAGAAAACAAAUCACUACAAAACUUGACAUUGGUAAUGUUUGCUAAACAG